AUGUCCCACAGCUACUGCCGGUCCCUCGGGAGCUUCUACAAUGUCCCACCACUGUCUACCAUUGUACAUGGCUCUAAUCCUGUAAGCUUUGAAGAUGGAUUUUGUUUACCCAGCAGCUACCAUGGCAGAACCUGGCUCCUGGAAAACUUUCAAGAAACCUGCCGUGAAAGGACCAGCUGCCAACUGAAAAACUGUAAGCAGAACUUAUGCAGAGAGGAAAGCUGUGUGCAAAGCUCCUGCCUCCCCAGAGAUGUCCAGACAACGUGUAUUAACUCCAGGCCCUGUGAAAGGACAACAUGCCAAGCAGGAGCUGCUUCACCAGCAUCCGAGUGGGAUCCCCAGUCUUGUCAGUCAGAAGGCAGCCAGCAAACGAGUUGUGUAGUUCGGGGCUACCAGCCUGCAAGCUACAUGGCAAGGAGCUGCCCAACCAAGACUUACGUGUCUAAGAAUUGCCAAACUCUGGAAUGCGAAUCUAGUCAAAGCCAGUCUCAGGAAUCUGAAUCUAGCUCCUGUAGACCCUUGGCCCUUGUCUCACCUGGACCACAACUCCUGGAAUCUUCUAGCACUUAUGAACCAACUUGCUGUGUUACGGGUGGUUUGCAAUUGCCUAGUAAUUGA